ACAUCCCAAAAAUGCAUCACCACGCACAUUUCUGGAUUAAACUCCAUUUGCCAGUAAGAUCACGGCUGAUCAGUUUGUGUUCCAACUUUCACAUCUAUCUAUCCUUGGAAACUCCCAACAAUUUGACUAGCAAAUAAAAGUGCCCCCAUACAUUGAAAUUCCCAGAAAAUACUUAGGCCAAGAAGACAAGGAGAGAAGCUGUAAUAAAUUCGCCUUUAAAGGGACUAGAGAAGGCAACAUCAGAUGAAAAAUUCUCGGGUUGAUUUUAUUUCCUUUUCUGGAGUUUACAGUAAAUGAUAAGUGUAUUUUAUUUGAAAAGUUUGAAAUGAUUACAGACACUGGCCGAAGUGGGGAACAGCUGUCUUUUAUUCAAAAAUAUACUUGAUUCAUAAAUAGAAAAUAGAUAUAUCCAUACAAAGACAUGAGAGCAGUUCGGUUCUGUACAGUAGGAGAUGAAGAAAACAAAUAAAUGCUGAGGUUUGAUGGAGGAACAGCGCUUUUGGAAACAUCUCUGUUCACCAGUUCGAAAAUCCACCUUAUCUCCUUCCUCUCUGUUACUGGGAGGUCGGGUAAAAACCAACUCAUGGUUACUAUAGAGCUACCAAAACUGGUUAGGGAACAACCCUCUGGAAGGUGUGGCUGGUCUCGAAGGGAGGGAGUAGACGACUGCAUAGAUUAAAAUAAGCUUUGCAACGCAAAACAGCGAGCGACGCCGAACAGGAAGAAGAGUUCAGAUAUCCGUGAGGAGGUCUUUUCUUGUUGUUCCAUUAGUCGGGAGUUGUGAUGCAUUCUGUAAGGAGAUGAGUGUCUGGCCACUCGGACAGAGCCUUUUUCUUUGUCCUGAAAUUUCCAUGGAAUCCGACCGUCUUUAAAACUUGCAUGAAGCCCUUGGUCGUAAAUGGCCACCGCGACUGAUACAGAACAGAAAGCCACAACAUGGUGUAACUAUUUCUUUCUCUAUGAUACUUCAAAAGUUAAAGAAGAGGGCGAUCCAACGAGAGCUGGUAUCUAUUAUUUUUUCCCUUCACAGACUACUCUUGACCAACAGGAAUUGCUGUGUGGGCAGAUAGCUGGUGUGGUUUGCUGCAUUAGUGAAAUUUCUGGAUCACCACCCAGUUUAAUCCACUUGCGAAAGCUGAAGUUUGCUAUCCGGUUGGAUGGGGAAUACCUUUGGGCUCUUGGAUGUUCUGUAGAAGUCCCUGAUGUGAGCUGUAAACGAUUUCUGGAUCAACUUGUCGGCAUCUUUACAUUUUACAAUGGAUCUAGUCAGCAUGUAUACCAGGUACAGAAGCAAGAAGAACUCACUCAUCAGUGGGAUCUGCAUAUGGAGCACAUUCAGCAGAACAGCUGUGACCUGCACCAGAUAUUCACCUCCUUGUCUAACCUGGACAGGACUGAAGUGGAACCGCUGCUGCUGCUGAAAGCUGCGCUCAUCUUACAGACUUGUCAGCGUUGCCCAGAGAUCCUGGCUGGUUGCAUCCUUUACAAAAACCUAAUUGUCAGCACUCAGCUUCCACCUGCAAUAACAGCUAAAAUAUUAGCAUAUCAACCUGGUGUUAACAGUCAGAAUCUCCCUGAGAAUACCGAAGAUGCACCCUUACCCAAAGAUGUCACAGUCUUGACUGUAUUCGUUACUGAAGAGGAGUCUGCAGCUCUGCGGCAGUUCGCAGUUGAAUGGAUGCAUGGGUUAGCUGAGUCUCCGAAGCCGGAUUUGACUGACGAGAAUAUUCAGAAACAGCCUGUCUCCAGAACACUGCCAACCAGUUCAAAUUCUGAGAUGAAUGGUGAGGCGGAGUGCAGAGAUACCACUGAGUUUGAGAACCCACAUUCAAAUUCUAAAGACCGUGAUAGACCAGCAGAUUCCAGGGAUCUUGCCCAGAACUACAAAGAAGAACGCUCUAUACAACCUCGUUCAAUGGAGGUUGACUAUAAGUCUUCAGUGAGUGCAAGCUCUCAUCCUGAGAACGAAAUCCCAUUGUCUUCCACUCCUGAAGCCUGUUCUCCUCCUAGCAACUCUUGCUUUACACUACAAUUGGAGAGGGAACAGCCUAAUUCAAUUUCCAGGGAUCUGUAUGUGGAAUUGAAAGAAAGUGGAAAUAAUGAGAACACUGAAAGAGUGACUGGACCUGAAAGAAUUAGUGAUUCCUCAGACAUAAAUGCUUCAAGUAGAUUGACUAUAUCUGACUCUUCAAAAGUGCAGCUUGCUUCUGAAUUUGAAAAUGAUGAGGUUCCUGAUCAGAAAGAGGCCAGUGUCACGCCUCCUUUAACCUCUCCUAUUGCUGUUCAAACUGUUCCUUUGCAACAACACAGGAAUUUACUACAUGGUGAUGCUGUCUUGUCUCAAGGAACCUUGCUUAGAGACUUGUCUCACCCUUCACCACCCACAGAAUAUAGAAAAGAGAGUGCGGAAAUUGAGCAGACUGUGAUAUUUAAGAAUGGAUGCCUGGGUGAACCCAAUCACCAUGGAAAUUUGGUGAAACUCAAUCUAUAUAUUCAUGCGGUGAAAGGAUUAGUAAUGUUUCUUUUGGCUGAAGAUGGAUUUAGAGCCAAUCGCAGCGCCAUUGAAGAUGUUUAUCACAGUGUCCUGGCAUCUUUAAAUGGCUUAGAGGUUCACCUGAGUGAGACGUUACUCAACAGGAGUUUCUGUAACUUACUUGGCUACAACUUUGCGCAUUAUGACUGUAUUCAGCAUAUACUCACAGCUCAGCUUUCCGCUGGUGAUCAGAAGGGUCAUUUCAUCAGAGCAACAGCUUUGAUGCACACUGAUUUGGACCACAACAGGAGCACUCGUGAAAUGAUUAUCCGGAAUGCCUCCACCGCUGUUUACAGCUGCCAGAACCCAGCCCAGGAAACGCACUUCCAGAUCCUUGCAACUCCCGCUCGCAACUCCGGCGUUCCAAACCCUCGUGACAGUGCCUUCGCUUUGCCAGGAAGAGCCAAGCAGAAACUACUAAAAUAUGGAGUAAACCUGCUCUGAGUCACAGCAAUCUGAGAUUUGCCAACAGUAUUACACCGACAAAUGUUAGCACUUUUUUUAAUUGAAAAGAACAAAUGGUUAAAAGUAUAACCUUUUUAAAGUCGCACACUCAACUUACAACCAUUAGACAAUACACUCAGGUAUCAUGGGCUGCCUCUUCCUCCAAUAUAUUUCCUUAGAUGUACUAAUAAUUGGAGAUUCUUAGGAAUUUUCAAUAGGGAUGAGUGUUGAAAGAAGUAAAGAAACGCAUUCACACAGCUUGCCUUACUUGAGUCGGGGUUUUCUGACAUUGUUUAAAAGAAUUAAUGGAUCAGCCAAAAUCAUUAACCAGACUAUCUGUAUGUUGGAAAAUAUACAUGGCUUUUAAAAUGUAGAAAACUCCUAAAUAGACAUGGAACAUCCAGUCCACACACCUUGGCUUAUCAAUAGUUUUGAUUAAAUGUGGUAAAAUUGAACAAGUUUCUAUUUAAUCAAAUUUGUGGAAAUGUUGAUUCCUGCGACUUUCUUGAUCUACUCCAACUUCAGUCUGAUAAGUUGGAUUUAUGUAGUGCCUUUUAAUGUAGACAAAUAUCCUAUCGUGCUUCACAGGAGCGAUUUGAUACUAAGCUACAUGAGGAAACAUUAAGAUCUAAACAAAAGCUUGAUGGGUUUUAAGGAAAAUGUUUGAGUCAUGGGGGGGUUGGGGAGUGCAUGGCAGAAUUUCAGAGCUUAGGGCUUGCUGUAAUAUCUCAACUUUCAACAUCCCUAUUCAUAUACAUAUUAGGAACUCAAGAUUAGAGGACCUAAGCUUAAAAUGAGGAGUAAGUAAAUGAGGGGGGAGCUCAGAAAAGGUCUUUUCACCCAGAUAGUGGUGGAAAUAUGGAAUAUGAUGCCUGAAGCAAUGGAGGCAGAUACUCUCUCAAUAUUUAAGAAGCAUCUGGAUGAAGACUUAAAAUGCUAGGCCAUGGUAGACUAGGGACCUAGUAUAGGAAAAUUGGAUUAGUGUAGCUUGUGUUUGUUGGUCAGUAUAGACAUGUUGGACUAAAGGGCCUGUUUCUAUGUUGUAUGCCUCUAUGACUUGGGAGUGGGAGUCAAGCCUCCUCUGCUGUUCAUUAAGAUCGGGGCUGAUCUGAUUGUGGUCUCAACUCCACUUUCUUGUCUAGCUGUAAGAGUCCUUGACUUCCUUAAAGAUCUACUGGACUUAAUUCAAUGACGCAGUCUUCACUACUUUCUGGGGAAGAGUAUUCCACAGAACCAACAAUCAUUUGAGAGAACGACAUCCUUGCAUCUGUCUUAAAAGGGAGAUCUUCUCCUUUAAACAAUAUCCCCGGUACCAGUCUCUCCCAGUACUAUAUUGCAGUGCUAGUAGAAUAAUUUUAAUAGUUUUAUUGUUUUUUUUUUCUCUGAAAUUCCAUGGGUGCUGACAAUCUUAUGAUGAUUGGUCCAUGUGUUCACUCAUCUUUUUGACUUUUCAAUGCUUAAGAACAUUACAACUAACUCUGAUUCAACACUAGGUUUUGUGCAUUUAUCAGGGUGAGAAUGACUUGACUUCUCCUUGUCCACAGCCCAGAGACAUUGGAGCUAACUAAGGGCUUUUGCCCGAAAUGUCGAUUUCGCUGCUUCCUUGGAUGCUGCCUGAAGUGCUGUGCUCUUCCAGCACCACUAAUCCAGUAUCAGCACACCUGCCUUUUUUCUGAGAUACAGUGACAUUUUUUAUUUCUGUUAAGUUUUGCACUUUACACACAUUCUGUGGCUGAUGUGAGAGAUGUUAGGAAUUUUGUUAGCUAGCAAAGGUAACUUGAAUGUUUAUAAGUAACUUUUAUCAUAAACAGAACAGUGUAACAUGCCAUUCGUACUAAAUUGAAAACAUUAGUGUACGUAUAUAUCAAAUAUAAAAUGUUUUAAUAUUGGGGACGGUGUAGGUGAAAAUGAAAGUAAACUAUGUAUGUAUACCUUGCUGCUGAAUGGCCCUUUUGGAAUGCAUUUCACUGUUAGAUAUUUCGCAACCACUAUGGCUUACCAUCAAAUUAUUAUUUACUUUUUUUAACUUCACAAUUUGUUACUUGCAUCUUGGAACUACUAAAAGUUUGAGAGGCCUGGAAUUUCAGUUAAUGAUUUGGCUUACUCUCAGCUGGAAGGUCAUGAACUCCGGAUUUGCCCAGUAUGAUGGUGAGCUGCAUGGAGUGACCCUGGAGAUACUCAGUGAUUUAAUACUCAAAUCUUGGUAACUAAUUGACGGUUGUGGUGAAAAAAGGUGUCUCUAGCAGGCAAGCUUAUCCCACAUUGAAAUCAUUAGAAAUGUAAAGUGAAUGAAGCAUUGCACUGAAAGCAAACUAGAGGAAGGUCUCUUAGACUUCAUCACACACUGAAUACAUUAUUCUAGCAUUAUGUAGAGAAUAAUGGGUUGGUAGAACAAAUCACUGGGAGGUCAUUGAACCAGAUAAUAUAAAUUAUUUUUAUAUGUAUGUUUGGAAGCCAGUAGUAAUUGGUGGACUUAAUGAUCAGACAGCUAGCUAAAUUUCAAAUGUAAAGGAAUGAAUUUGAUAGGUAUUUUUAAAUCCUAAAUCCUAGUUUUUUUCCAUCAUUAUAGGGUGAUGGAAAUUUAAGUUUAAUAUUCUCUCAUUUUAGUAUAUUAAAUGAUUUUGUAAGUUUGUGUAAAUUAUCUUUACUGCUAUUCCUGUGGUGUGUACCAAUACCUUUUCUCUUUGCUGCUGUUUUUCAGUAGUAAUGUGGUACAGCUGCCCACUGUAACUCUAAUCCUGACCAUAGUACUGUGAUAACCACAUGGUCAUCUGUGUCCUCCUUGUUAUUCCAAUUUGCUCCUCCUCUCUGUUAAAUCUGCUGUCUACUGUCAUCUCCUCAGCCUCACAAAAUUAGUAUCACAGCACCUUUGGGUGACUGUGCAAACUCCACACAGACAUUCUCCCUUUGUCCAUGUGGGUUUCCUCUGGGUGCUGUGGU